AUGUCGCCCGCAGAGACGCAAGCUCAGGCCAACGUGGUGAACGAGCAGACUCUCCCCGCACCACCUCCGCGGAUAGAGAUCACACAGCCGAGAGUGUCCCCACCAAUGGAUCCCCAGCGACCGCACACUAUCGCUGAUACCACUCCGCGGAUGCGAGGCGGUGACCGCGGCCGUUGCUGCCCGGGACGUUUCUGCUUCUGCGUCCCGUGCCCUCUGCCUUGCGACUGCUGCAUCAUCUGA